AUGAGGCACCACGCUGUUCGUCAACUUCGAAGGGCAGCAACGCCAUGCCAACAGCCGCCCUUCCAGAUCAUCCGGCGGCGCUAUUCUCAACACCUGCCCAACGCCAAACUGAACAAGCCUAUAGAUUACGGAACAACGUACCUGCUGGCUCACGGCAGCAAAGGCCCGGCGCUGGGCAAUUACGCAGAGAUUCCCGUCGAGGUGCGGAACGGCGCAACCAGGAAAAUGAACCUCUUUCAAGCCAUCAACGAUGCCCUGGGGAUCGCUCUCGCCCAAGACGACUCGGUGCUGAUCUUUGGCGAGGACGUCGCUUUUGGUGGCGUAUUCCGCUGCACGAUGAAACUGGCCGAGACGUAUGGGAGCGACAGAGUGUUCAACACGCCGUUGACCGAACAAGGCAUCAUGGGCUUUGGCAUCGGGUUGGCCGCCCAAGGGAUGCGUCCAGUUGCCGAGAUUCAGUUUGCCGAUUAUGUUUUCCCGGCCUUUGACCAAAUCGUCAACGAGGGAGCCAAGCUACGAUACCGUGAAGGGGCCACUGGUGUUCAUGCCGGUUCCUUGACUGUACGCAUGCCAUGCGGUGGUGUUGGUCACGGAGGAUUGUACCACUCCCAGUCCCCCGAGAGCCUGUUUACCCACGUCCCAGGCUUCCGCGUCAUAAUGCCGAGGUCUCCUAUCCAGGCCAAGGGUCUCUUGCUGGCAGCCAUUAGAAGCAACGAUCCUUGCAUCUUCAUGGAGCCCAAGAUCUUGUAUCGUGCCGCCGUGGAACAGGUGCCCGAGGCCGCUUAUGAGCUGCCCCUAUCAAAGGCCGAAGUCGUCAAGGAGGGCAAGGACGUCACCGUAAUCUCCUACGGCCAGCCCGUGUACACCUGCCUAUCUGCCAUUCAACGCGCCGAAGAGGACCUGGGAGUUUCUUGCGAGCUGAUCGACCUGAGGACAGUGUAUCCCUGGGACAAGGAGACGGUCUUUGCCAGUGUCAGAAAGACGGGCCGGGCCAUCAUCGUUCAUGAAGCCAUGGUCAACGCUGGUGUUGGCGCAGAGGUGGCCGCCGCCAUACAAGAGGAUCCGGAGACGUUUCUUCGGCUGGAGGCUCCCGUGGGACGAGUUGCAGGUUGGAGCAUCCACAGCGCAUUGAUGUUUGAGAAGUUCAACGUUCCAGAUGUUGCACGCAUUUACGAACAUAUCAGAAGAAAGCUAAACUAUUGA